GGUAGGUGCUGCACAACCAGAUGAUGCCUCCAAAGAAAGUAAUAACAUAAUAAAUCCACAAGGUUCAGUCACUUUCAAUUAUUUCAACUUUGCAAAAGCAACCCUUCCCUUGCGAAAACGUUCGAGCCGAUAUUGCGACACAAUUCGAUAUGGCGAACCACAAUAGAGACGAUAGACACGAACCAAAACUCACUCGAGAAGAAUACGCCCAUCUAUGGAAAGACUCCCGCCUUUCUAUACCACCUUUGAUACGAAUACCAGCUGCAACUUUAGCAGCAUUCAGUGUAGGCAUGACUUUAGGUCUUGCGCACGGUAGCAAAAUGGCUGGUCUACGAUUUAGAGCCGAACACGCCCAUAGACUUCCCACGACUACGACCGGUUGGUACCUAUAUCAUAAAAGCAAGAAUUAUCAUCUGGCAUUUGGUGGAUUGAAGGAGGGUGUCAAGAUUGGCGCAAGGCUUAGUGUUCUAAGCACUGCUAUAUUUUGCGCUGAGAAUUUGUUCGACGUAUAUCGAGGAACCAAGGAUCUUUUCAGUACUAUAAUGGCCAGUCUAGCGGUCGCUGGUGGUUUCAGUGUCUUGAAUCGUUUUUCGGCUGCCGAGACUGCGAGAACUGCUAAGAAAGGUCUAAUAUUCGGGAUUGCAUACGGUGCGGCUCAAGAUGUUGUCUCCCUUGCUAAAGGCCGACAUGUCGGUUACGUCGAAUUCAUUCGGAGACAUAUCGGAAAAGCUACCCAGCUUGAAGAGAAAGCAACAUGAGGAUUUUUCGAUAUCGUCUUUUCCACACUAGAAGACUAGAAGAGACCCACUUACAACCUCUUCAAGCCGAGCACCUUUUUAAAGAGUACCUAACUCUUGAAAGAGGUCGCAGGUUUCCCGUGGUAGUAACCUUGGCUGCAUCGCCCGUUACUUAGUACCAUCCC